AUGCCCGUGCCUAACAAUAACGUUGGAGCAUCUGUGAGAAAGGGCUCAAUUGUUCAGAAGGUACCUGCUGCUAAGUCAACCAAAGCCCCAAGUAAGAAAAAGGAUGAUGAAGAGGGUGUGGAUCCGGGUGAUGGAUGGGACGAGUGGUCUCAUGGGAAAGCACUUAUAAAGCCAUCAGAUCAACUGGAGCUCACUGAGGCUGAGCUGAAAGAGGAAAUCACAAGGAUCCUGACUGCAAACAACCCACAUGCCCCCCAAAAUAUUGUCCGCUACAGCUUCAAGGAUCGUUCCUACAAGCCUACCAGUGUUGUGGAUCAGAUGGCUGUUCACUUUGUGUUGGAGGGCAGCCUCCUGCAUCAAGAUUCUGAUGAGGCUCGUAGAUUGAGGGCCAAGGAGGGUCUCCCUGAGGGUAAGACUGCAACAGUCGACACUGAAGCAGAACCUGAUGAGGAGAAACCAGAAACCCCGGCAACACCUCUAGAGGAUGGAGGGGAAGUGGAGGAAGCUGGAGAAGAGGACAGACCAGACAGUGUUUCUUCCAAAUCUGACAAGAAGGAGCCUAAACUCACUAACCAGUUCAACUUCAGUGAGAGGGCCUCCCAGACCCUCAAUAACCCACUGAGAGAAAGGAGCUGCCAGACUGAACCUCCACCACGCAGCAUCUUCUCUGCCACUGCUAAUCAGUGGGAGAUCUAUGACGCAUACGUGGAGGAGUUGCAGAAACAAGAAAAAAAUAAAGAGAAGCAGAAAGCUGUACCUUCAAAGAAAGAUAGUGACAAAAACAAGAGGAAGAUGAUGCUGAUGGAGACUCAGAAUGAUGAUAUCACCAGAGUGGGCAAGGCAUCCAAGAUCUUUGAACGGAUGGUCAAUCAGAAUACAUUUGAUGACAUAGCACAAGAUUUCAAAUACUUUGAGGAUGCAUCUGAUGAGUUCAGGGACCAGGAGGGCACGCUUCUCCCUUUGUGGAAGUUCCAAUAUGACAAGGCCAAAAGACUGUCAGUCACUGCCCUCUGCUGGAAUAAGAAAUAUAAGGAUCUUUUUGCUGUGGGAAUGGGAUCAUACGACUUCAGUAAACAGGGCCGUGGCAUGCUUGUCUUCUACUCAUUAAAGAACUCUGCCUUCCCAGAGUACAUCUACCCCACCAGCUCUGGCAUCCUGUGCCUUGACAUCCACGAGCAGCAUUCCUACCUGGUGGCAGUUGGCUUCUACGACGGCUGUGUGGCUGUCUACAAUUUGAAAGAGGACAGACUAGAGCCUGUUUAUAAAAGUACAGCCAAGACUGGCAAGCACACUGACCCUGUCUGGCAGGUGCGCUGGCAGAAUGAUGACAUGGACAAUAACCACAAUUUCUAUUCUGUGUCAUCUGAUGGCCGAGUUGUGUCCUGGACACUCGUCAAGAAUGAGCUGGUCUUUACAGACAUUAUCACACUGUCACUAAAUGGUGCUGUCUCUGAGGGGUCAGAAGGUGCACAGCAGCCCAGCAUCGCUUGUGGAACAUCGUUUGACUUCCAUAAACAGAUCGACUAUCUCUUCCUAGUUGGCACAGAGGAGGGGAAAAUACACAAAUGCUCCAAGACUUACUCAAGCCAGUUCCUGGAUACCUAUGACGCCCACAGCAUGGCAGUGGAUUCUGUAAAGUGGAACCACUUCCACCCAAAGGUUUUCAUCUCUUGCAGUUCAGACUGGACCAUCAAGAUCUGGGACCAUACCAUCAAUACUCCAAUGUUCACCUUUGACCUGAAUGCAGCUGUUGGUGAUGUUGCCUGGGCUCCAUACUCCUCCACUGUAUUUGCGGCUGUCACAACAGAUGGAACAGUUCAUGUUUUUGACCUCAACAUUAACAAAUACGAGGCCAUCUGCCAGCAGCCUGUAGUGGCCAAAAAGAAGACCAAGCUUACUCACAUUGAGUUUAAUCCCAUCUAUCCUAUCAUCAUUGUGGGUGAUGACCGCGGCUAUGUCACCAGCCUCAAACUCUCCCCUAACCUCCGCAAGAAACCCAAGGGCAAAAAGGGUCAGGAGCUACCUAAGGGUCCAGAAAUGGAAGUAGCCAAGAUGGAGAAGCUCCUCAGUCUGCUGAGGGAACCAGAGCAAAGCACAGUUUAACGCUGCGACUGUGACUUUUCUCCACAACACAACAACCUGGUACAACCUUUUAUUCUCAUUCAUAAAAAAACACACUUCCUGUGUGCAACAGUAAACAACCUCGACAU